AUUAUAUGUCGAUAAAAUAAUUAUAUUAUUACACUAUGUGCAAUUACGUGAAUUAAUUGUUCAAUUACACGAUUAUUAUGAAAGUUUCUCUCACAAUGAUCUAUGGAAUUUGAAAGAUUGUGUAUGGAUUAUUUGUGAAUUGAAUUGUGAGACAUAUGUGGUAUUGAGAUCAAUCAGAAAAGUACAUGUGAUUCUGUACUUCUUCUAGUUCAUUGAGACGCUUUGUCCGUGUUCUAUAUUACACUGAGAGGUCUUUACCUUGUACAUAUAGUUCACAAAGGGGUUGUGUUUUAUAAUUGAUUAUAAAAGGUCUUUAAGGCCCGCUUCUAUUCAUCGAGGGGGAUUGAGGCCCGUGUCAGGAGUGUUUAGCCCAGGGACAGUCUACCGUGUAUGAUCAGAUUAUAGAUUUCAGUUAGAGGAGUCAACUUCCUAGCCCGCAGAGCCACAAGCACUUGCGUGAUAACAAAGCCCUUGCAGUCCUUUCAGAAAUACUAUUGUUAUCCUGGUUUUGAAUAUGUACUAAACAUGGAUGUUAAAAAGGAUUUGCAAGUUAUGGAUCGGAGAAAGCAAAAAACAUUAACACAAAAAUGGAGAGCAAUGUCUACUCAGUCAAAUUCUUCCGAGGGAGGCGGGGGAAAGCAGGAAGUACAAAUCCGAGCGGAAGAAGUGCAUAGUUCCAUGUUCUCGACUCUUUUAACAGCUAGAUGUGAAAAUCCUGACCUUGAAGUUAUGAAUGAACCGGUUGACCCAAAUACAUGUUCUAAAGUAGAAGAUAGUGACAAAGACACAUAUUUAGAAGGAGAAUUAGCGCCUCAUCAGAAGCAUUCAAUAUCAAUGGAGGUAGGGGCAUCAGUAAUGCGUUUCAUCAAAGGGAGAGAGGGUGCCACUCAAAGAGAGAUUGAAAGGGAGAUGGGAGUUAACAUUAUAUUUCCAUCAUCUAAAGAGGAUGAUUUUGUCAUCAUUGAGGGCAACUCCGCUGAAAGUGUUAACAAAGCAUCAGAGAAAAUACAAAUCAUUAUUGACAAGGCGGUCAAGAGCCCAAACCUCGACUAUUCUCACUUUAUUUCACUUCCUUUGGCUAUCCAUCCUGGACUGGUUGAUAAACUUGUCAAUUUUCAGAAUUCAAUACUUGGAAUUGUAGAACCUAAUCAAGGUGAGGAUUUGGAUCCUAAUUCAAGUGGUGAUGCUUCUGAUGAGGAAGACAAGGAUCAGCAAUCAGAUAAAAUACCACUAGUUUCUGUUGCUCUCAAAGCUGAAGAUGCUGAUGCUCAUGUUAAAAUUAAUAUAACCAAUGUACCUCUUGUAAGUUACCCUGCUAAAGUGUCAAAAUCUCCUGCCUCGGAUUUAAAGUCUUCUAAAUUAUUAGAUUUAGGGAUUGAAAAGUCUAUAUUUAUCAAACCAAAAACGUUUCACUUGACGGUUCUCAUGCUAAAGUUAUGGAAUAAGGACCGAGUUAAAGCAGCUGCUGAGGUUUUGCAGAGUGUCUCAUCAAAAGUACUUGAUGCUUUGGACAACCGGCCUGUCUCUGUUAGACUCAAGGGGCUGGAAUGCAUGAGAGGAUCGUUUGCCAAGGCCCACGUCCUUUAUGCUCCCGUUCAGGAAAUUGGUGGCGAGGACCGACUUUUUCGUGCCUGUUACACCAUCAUUGAUGCAUUUGUUGAGGCUGGUCUAGUUAUUGAAAAGGAUGUGCGGCAGAAGCUAAAGUUGCAUGCUACUGUUAUGAAUGCACGACACAGAAAAAGGAAGAGAAGAGCAAGAAUGCUCGAUUCAUUUGAUGCCAGAGGAAUCUUUGAUGAAUAUGGUUCUGAGGAAUGGGGAGAGUAUCUUAUACGCGAAGCUCAUCUUUCUCAAAGGUUUGCUUUUGAUGAGAAUGGAUAUUACCAUUGCUGUGCUUCCAUUCCAUUUCCUGAAAGCAUGCAACUAGAUUGAUUUGUAUACAUUGACGAUUUACCCCCUUGUAUAAUAGGAAUAGAAUGAUUGAUUUGGAAAGUUCUCCUGCUCUGAUAGUUGUUAACGUUCAUCAGCUUGUACCAUACUCAGGUGCUUCAGAGUGAAGCUUUUAAAUGAAAGACAUAUUUAUUAUCUUCUAUACUCAAAGAAAAUAUAAUGAGCUUUUUAUUGAUUCA